AUGGGCAUGACGGCGCCUGCUGCUGCAUCAUAUGCUUCAAAAGAAGAACCUCCUCUUGUAUCACGAAUUGCCUUUGGAUCCUGCUCCAACCAAAGUGCUCCCCAGCCUAUUUGGGAUGCAAUAAUCGACUAUAAUCCCCAAGUUUUUAUUUGGCUUGGUGACAACAUUUAUGGAGAUGUUAGGCGUCCUUUCAAGUUAUUUGGAAAGCAAAGGACAAUCGGGCCUUGGAAGAAUGUUCCCAGGUUUGUCCCUUCCCCUGAGCAUGAAAUGCUGUCAAGAUACCACAUGGCCAAGACCAAUCCUGCUUAUUCCCUUCUUCGACACAACACCAAGAUCAUCGGCACAUGGGAUGACCAUGAUUAUGGAUUAAACGAUGCAGGCAAAGAAUUUAACGGGAAAAUCAUUAAUCAAAGGCUUCUACUGGAUUUCUUGGAUGAACCCCAGGAUAGUCCACGGCGCAGUCAAGCUGGUGUCUACACAUCAUAUACAUUUGGUCCUGUGGGUAGGCAAAUCAAGGUUUUGCUUUUAGACACUAGAUACCACAGAGACCCUUUGUCUAGCGAUGGAAGUAUUUUGGGGAGUUCACAAUGGAUAUGGUUACAGAAAGAGUUGAAUGGUCCUGCAUCGGCCAUUACUAUUAUUGGCUCUUCUAUUCAGGAUGGAUUGGCCUAUUUAAUUCAAGUAUUACGGGGGCUCACUUCGCUAGCCACAAAUGUGACAAUUGAGAGAACUUAGAGUGAAGUCAACCUAAGCUAAGCAAGAACAAGUGCAGGAGAAGCCAUUGAAGCGGACUUCAAGAUAGACACUUAUGAAUUAAGAUAAGGAAAGAUAAGAGCUUUAUUCUCUUUCAAAUUCACAAG